AUGUCGUCGCAUCUGGAAGUUCGCUUGGCGAACUGCAUAAUUUUGGUGGUAGCAUUACUGUCAGUCUUCGGAGGUGUUAAGGCCAAGGAUGAUGCCUCUGUGCCUCGCCUGAUUACUCUUCAAGCCGCCAGUCCGGCUCCAGCUCCUCCGCCCCAGGAAGUGAUCAUAGAGGAGAGCUACGAUCACCAUCAUCAUCAUCCUCCGCCGGCUUAUCCGCACAGUUACCCGUAUCCACAGCCUCCGCCGCAGCACUGUCAGUGUCCGCCGGGUCCUCCAGGACCUCCUGGACCACCGGGACAACCGGGUCAGAAGGGCUAUCCCGGAACGAAAGGAUCUAAGGGUGAUGCCGGAGAGAAGGGACCCCGAGGAGACAAGGGCUACCCCGGAAUGCCUGGAUUGCCUGGUCCUCAGGGUCCACCUGGAUAUCCCGGGGGUGCGUACCCGCCGUAUCCCUAUCCUCCUCCUCCUCCUCCUCCUCCCCCGUCAUCUGGGAAUGGAGGCAAUGGAGGAAGCACUGGAGAACAAAAUAGGUACUACGAUCGGUUCUAUGAUGAGGAAGACCGUUAUUACGGCAAUGAGCGGGCCUUCAGUUUUAUAGAAGACGAUCAGAUCGGCAAUCAACCGGUCAUCUUAGCCUUCAGUCAGCACAGGAAUCACUUCACCCCAAAACUCAAUAAAAGAAUGAAUUAA